AUGGCUUCUUUCAUUUCCCUCUGUGAGCUUCUCUUGAAGCUGAUUAUUCCCACGGCAACCAUUGCAAUUCUCAUAUUACUCAUCAUCCUCUUCUCCCUCGCCUUCUCCCAAAAUGCCACGGUUCCUAAAUUUCGCCGGCGGGGUACACCCGUCCACCUCCUGAUUGUCCUUGGUAGCGGUGGUCAUACGACUGAAAUGCUCUACAUGCUCAAGAAAAGUCUCAAUACCUCUGUCCACACCUACCGAACCUAUGUCGUAACCUCAGGCGACCCAUUCAGUGCCACCAAGGCCGCUGAGUUUGAGGACAACCUCGUCCAACCACCCCAGCGAAACACUCGCAAGAAAGUGGCUGAACCAAAAUCCUUUGAUGUGAUCACUAUUCCACGGGCACGCCGAGUGCAUCAGUCAUACUGGACGGCGCCUUUCACCACCCUUCAAGCCUUAUGGGCCUGUCUCCUUGUUCUAUGCGGUCGAUACCCCAAGCAAAAGAAACUACCGUGGAAGUUUACUUCCCCGCAUCCCGAUAUUAUCAUCACCAAUGGCCCGGCUGUCUCUGUAUGUAUGGUUCUUGCAGCCAAAAUCCUGCGCUUUGGAAUCUUCAUCUCUCGUUGGGCUACUGGUCAAGGCUCAAAGCCUGAGAUCUCUCGUCUUCGAACGAUCUUCGUGGAAUCAUGGGCGCGAAUUACCAGCUUGAGUACUUCGGGCGUUCUUUUGCUUCCUCUGGCUGACAAGUUCUUGGUUCAAUGGCCUGAUUUGGCGGGACGACGAGCCUGGUGGGGUAUGAAGAAGACUGAGUAUGGUGGCUGGAUGGUGCUGUGA